AUGGUAAAAGCGCUUACCUUUAAGGGCGACAAAAAGAUAAAGAAAAGAAAACGGAUAGAAUCAGAUGAUAAAUUUCCCAAAGAAGGCUUCUCGGCAGCCUCAGAAGCCCACACUGUAAAGGCGGUAGACGAUAACGGAACUGACGACGACAGCUGGAUUAGCGCCGAAACAUCUGUAGAUGUCGUCGGCCCAGUAGUGAUUGUUCUACCCUCGGAAUCGCCGACAUGUAUCGCUUGCGAUUCCAGUGGAAAGGUCUACGCCAGUGAGCUAGAAAACAUUAUCGAUAAGAAUCCUGCCAGCGCCGAACCGCACGAUGUACGUCAAGUGUGGGUUGCGAACCGAGUUGCCGGAACAGAGUCUUUAAACUUCAAAGGACAUCAUGGAAAGUAUCUAGGCUGUGACAAGUUUGGUUUGCUAUCGAGCAAUUCCGAAGCUGUAUCACCUUCUGAGUCAUUUUUGGCUAUUCCUUCAGUACAAUCGCCCGGUACCUUCGAGAUUCAAACACUACGGGGUUCCUUUCUUACUGUCGCGCCACCCUCCAAAUCUAAUGCAGGUCUCGAGAUCCGUGGAGACGCAGAAGAAGCUUCCUCUGCAACGAAAAUUCGCAUACGCAUGCAGGCCCGCUUCAAGCCGAAAUACAAGAUUACGAAGAAGGAAAAGGCGAGAGAAAAGAUAAGUCGCAAGGAGAUUGAAGAAGCUGUAGGACGAAGACUCGAUGAUGAUGAAAUACGGAAGCUGAAGCGCGCAAGAAAAGAGGGCAGCUAUCAUGAAGCCCUACUUCUCAUAAAGGUCAAAAUACUAGUUGCUGGAGAUAAAUUACAUCCUGAAUAUACAUUCUGCCUAGUGUUUGGCUCGGCUUUUCUCAUUAUAGAGCUGCCAAAUUCUCACUUAACCCCCUCGUAG